AUGGCUGAUUCCUGGGACGAUUUCACCGCGAACCCCAUUCUUACCAUCAAGUCAGGCACAUGCCCCAAAGCUGUUGCUGAUUCGACAGACCGUCUUUGCCAAUGCGCCCAAGAUCAGCUGGAACACCUUGAAGCCCGUGCAAGAACUUUGGCGACUUGUGGUCACUUUGAAGAAGCCUUGAAAGAUGCUUAUACAAUGACACGCGUGGUUCGUUCUUCGCCAUUGGGUUAUUUGUGUGUGGGUCACGUGUAUGCACUUCAAGGACGACAAAAGGCGGCGAUUGGUAUUUACGAGCAAGGACUGGAUGCUGUUCCAUCAACCGAUCCCUCUCGUCAACGACUUGUCGAAGCACGAUCAAUGGCUCAAGAGCGUGAUAGCACAAGAAUUGAUUUCAUCAAGGAGCUCCCUAUCGACAUCAUUGAGAACAUUGCACCAUGGAUCUUGUGUCCGCAGGAACAGAUACCACCGAGUGAAAUACGAGAGUAUCUUGACGUAUCACGUGUAUGGCGAGAAAGACUAUUGAUGUCCAUACGAGAACUGCACAUUGAAAGCACUCCCGAUGAUGAUCUUGCCGAUGACGAUGAUUUACUUGAGCAGAUUGCACCCAUUUGUACUGCUCUUACGCUCCAAGAUACGACAGACGGGUUCCCUCGACUCAUGCCAAAAACACUAUUUCCUUCGUUAAAGGCUUUAAAUGAUGCAGAAGAACCUUUGAGUAAUGAAACAACGCCUGAAAUAUGCACGAAUGCACUCGCGUCUGUGGGAUCAACCUUGAGAUAUCUGACAAUCAAUGCAUGGGAAUAUGGGAUUUGCCUUGGCGAUAUCCUCAGCAGCUGUCCGAACCUAGUGUAUUUGGAGGCGCGCAAGAUGGAUGCGGAUUUGGCGAAUGGACCUGAAUGCCAUCCGAAUCUCAAAAUAUUGCUGUCCUGGGAUUGGAAUAUUGAAGCAGUGGAUAUCGAUGACAUUACCAAGCGAUUACCUGGAUUGGAAGUGUUUGCCGCUAACCCUAUUGAAUACACCAAAGAUUUGAAGACCAUCCAAGACAAUUGCCCCUAUGUCAAAGUCCUUGGCAUUAAUGAUCACGAGACCUCUUAUUUCUAUUUGCCCUCCACCAUCACAAGGACGACGAGCAAGCAUGAUGAUGAUCGUGUGGGUGGUGUACAUACACUCUAUAUUGAUCGCUUUGAUACAACAACUUUCUAUUCGAAUAUCAGGGAGGUGAUGGAUUUCAUGAGGCGUAACAACCACACUUUGCAACAUGUCUACUUUUACUAUCCACUGGGUGGUCGAGGUGGCAAAAACGCAUCCAUCCUUAACCAUGCAAUCCAGGCUGCUGAUGGUGGUGGUGGUGCUCCCUACUUCAAGUCAAUGACAACUUUUACCAACUGUAUAUGCGACUAUGAUGAUAUUCUUUUAACAAGAUGGAUCGUACGGGAAUCUCCUCAUUUAAAGGAACUCGAAUUAAUGAGGUACGCGGCUUACUCUGCGGGUCCGGCUGACACAAGUGCAUUAUUUGAUGAUCUGAUUGGCCGUUGCGAACUUGAGUCUGUGGUCUUUGACUUGAAAGCGGAUCCUGCCAUGGAUAUGGGAGGCGUUGAACGAUUUAUUCAAUACCAUGGCACCUUUGAUUCCCCAUUACACACAUUAACCCUUCCCAAGCACACACGACUUUCCAAGGAUGCAUUGGAGGUAUUGACAAGGUUGCCACAACUUGAGAAAUUGAACAUCAGCUGGCCUUUGAUGAAGGAAGAGGAUCAAGAGGAUGAAAAUUGUUCCCAUCUUAUUGGCAAAUUGAAGCGAUUGCAGCAUUUAGAAAUAUGGAGCGAUGAGGUUAUCCCUGACGACGUCUUUUUACAGCUAUCCAAGCUAAACGUCACCUCACUCAAGUUACACAUGCCCAUCUUUAAGUCCUCCAAACAGCUCGCUUUAUUAAGCCUACUGCAAUGCCCAAAAUUAGAAGAGCUGGAUGUUAGUGAUUCUUCCCAUGAAGAUGACGUUAGUGUUUCUUCCUAUGAAGAUGACCCACAGAUUGACGAGAUUAGAAACAUGUUAGGAAGCAAGAUAGAGACAGUAAAUUUUAGUUAA